AUGUCAGUGAUCGGAAUUACUUUUGGAAACACCACAUCUUCUAUCGCCGUUGCUGCCGAUGGGAAGGUCGAUGUCAUUGCGAAUCCAGACGGUGAUCGUGCGAUCCCAUCGGCUCUAUCUUAUGUUGGAUCCGACGAAUACCACGGGUCUCAAGCUUUAUCCAGAUUGAUUAGAAACCCAGAGAACACCAUUGUCAAUUUCAGAGAUUUCAUUGGUAAAAAGUUUUCUGACAUCAACGAUGAGUUUUCUUUUGGUGCCAAACCCAAAGACGUAAACGGGGAAGUUGGAUACGAAAUUACCAUAGACGGUAAAUCCCAAACGUUAACCAUUAAUGAAGUAACAAAAAGACAUUUUAAGCAAUUGAAAUCUGCUGCUGAAGACUUCAUCGGGAAGGAAGUGGAAAGUGUGGUUUUAACCGUGCCAACUGAUUUUAGUGAACAUCAAAGAGACGAACUCACCAAGAUUGUUGAGAGUUCGGGUCUCAAAGUUUUGCAAUUGAUCAAUGAACCAUCUGCCGCAUUAUUGGAUCAUUUGUCGUUGGAAGACAAAUUGAGCCAAGACAAACUUUACGUUGUUGUCGACUUUGGUGGUACUAGAUCCGACGGAGCAGUUAUUUCAGUGAGAGGUGGUGUGAUGACUAUCCUUGCAACUGCACAUGAACACGGUUUAGGUGGUGACAAAUUGGACACCGCUUUAUCUGAGUUUUUUGCAAAGGAGUUUGAAAAAAAGACUAAAGUCAAUCCAAGAAAUAAUGCCAGAUCCAUUGCCAAGUUAAAAGCAGAGUCCAUUGUUGUCAAAAAAACGUUAUCCAAUGUACAAACUUCCACCUGCUCGAUAGAAUCAUUAGCUGAUGGAUUUGAUUUCCAUACAAGUAUCAAUAGAUUGAGAUACGAAUUGACUGCAAGAGACGUACUUUCUAAAAUGACAGCAUUCGUCGAAAAAGUUAUCAAGAAUGCUGGUUUGGAAGCUUUGGAUAUUGAUGAGGUUCUUUUAGUUGGUGGAACUGCCCAUACACCCAAAUUGGCCUCCAACAUUUCCUACCUUUUCCCUCAAUCAACAAAAGUUAUUGCGCCAUCAUUGGAUUCAAAGGCAUUGAACCCUUCAGAAUUGAUUGCUCGUGGGGCCGCAUUGCAAGCGUCAUUAAUUGAAACUUUCGACGAGUCAGAGAUUGCUGAAUCGUUGCAACCGAUUGUUGUUAACACCCAACACUUGUCUAAACCAAUUGGAAUCAAAGAUUCUGAAGGCAACUUUGUCCCAAUUUUGGUUGCUGAAACUGCGUACCCAAUCAAGAAGUCAAUUGAAGUUACCAACGGAGAAUCACCGUCAGUCGUUGUUGAAUUGUAUGAAGGUCAAAGGACAGUUAAAGAAACUGUGAUUGAAGCUGAAAAGGAUGAGGAUGACUCCGAAGAUGAUUCAGAUGAGGAACCAGAAGUUGAAAGGGAAAUUGUUUACAAAGUUGGCGAUAAAUUGGCGGAAUUUUCAUUGAAAGAUUUGAAACCAAACUCAAAAUUGGAGGUUACAGUGAACAUCACUCAGAAUGGUGUUUUGCAUGUUUCUGGAAGAGAAUUGAAGCAGGGCGCAGUUGCUGUCAAGGGUGAAGUCUCAGCUCAAUAG